AUGCACGGACUUAGCCGUCUCGGCAACGGCAACGGCAACGGCAACGGAAUCAAUCGAUCUCUUGCGUCACCUCCUUCUUCUCCUCGAAUUCGUCACAGCAGGGGAAAAACUGUUUACAAAUCGGAAAAGCAAGGGAAAGGAGAGAGACUCGUCUUCUUACUCUUCUCCAUAGUUUUCCGACGGAAAGGCGUGUUACUGUUGGCGCCUAUUCUCUACAUCGCCGGGAUGUUACUAUUUAUGGGCUCGUUUGGGUUCACCGUCCUCGAUCUCCGCCACGGCGUUGGGAUUGUGUACAGACGAGGUCCGCCGGGUUCGGUUUACCGGAGCCCUAAAGUAUUCAAGCGGCUUUGGCCGAUGAUGGAAGCUGAUUCCAAUCGAAGCAGUCACAAUGCGCUGAUGACAGCAUGGAAGCCAAGAAUCAAGAGCAUUUGGAAACCAUGUAUCAGCACUAACGUCUCUGCUUCAGGAUCGAAUUCUAAUGGUUACUUUAUCAUCGAAGCGAAUGGUGGAUUGAAUCAACAACGCUUGUCAAUAUGUGAUGCAGUUGCUGUGGCUGGACUACUAAAUGCGACUCUUGUCAUUCCGAUUUUUCACUAUAACAGUGUAUGGCGUGAUUCCAGCAAAUUUGGCGAUAUAUUUGAUGAAGACUUCUUCAUAUAUGCUCUUAGUAAGAACGUCAAAGUAGUGAAAGAGCUCCCAAAAGACAUGCUUGAGCGGUACAACUACAAUAUAAGCAGUAUUGUUAAUUUGAGAUUAAAGGCUUGGUCGAGUCCGGCAUAUUAUCUCCAGAAGGUGCUACCACAACUUUUGCGUUUGGGGGCUGUCCGUGUUGCUCCAUUCUCCAACAGGUUAGCUCAUGCAGUUCCCGCACACAUUCAAGGGCUCAGAUGCUUAGCAAACUUUGAAGCAUUGAGAUUUGCAGAGCCCAUACGGCUGCUUGCAGAGAAAAUGGUCAACAGGAUGGUUACCAAGAGUGUUCAGAGCGGAGGAAAAUAUGUUUCUGUUCAUCUCCGCUUCGAAAUGGACAUGGUCGCCUUCUCUUGUUGCGAAUAUGACUUUGGGGAAACGGAGAAGCUAGAAAUGGACAUGGCCCGGGAACGAGGUUGGAAAGGAAAGUUCAGGAGGAGAGGCAGAGUUAUUAGGCCUGGUGCUAACCGCAUAGAUGGCAAAUGUCCUUUAACCCCUCUGGAGGUCGGAAUGAUGCUAAGAGGCAUGGGUUUUAACAACAGCACCUUAGUUUACGUUGCUGCCGGAAACCUUUACAAAGCUGACAGAUAUAUGGCUCCUCUUAGGCAAAUGUUUCCUCUUCUCCAAACCAAAGAUACUCUAGCUAGUCCAGAGGAACUUGCUCCGUUUAAGGGACACUCAUCAAGAUUAGCUGCUCUUGACUACACAGUAUGCCUACACAGUGAAGUGUUUGUAUCCACACAAGGUGGAAACUUCCCUCAUUUCUUGAUAGGUCACCGUCGCUACCUUUACAAAGGCCACGCCGAGACAAUCAAACCGGAUAAGCGGAAACUAGUCCAGCUCUUCGAUAAACCGAGCAUUAGAUGGGACUACUUCAAGAAACAGAUGCAAGAUAUGCUUAGACACAAUGAUGCAAAGGGUGUCGAGUUAAGGAAACCGGCUGCGUCGCUCUACACGUUCCCAAUGCCAGAUUGCAUGUGUAAAGAACCUGACCCCGAACCGGAAACAGAUCCAGCCUAA